AUACACUGCACUAUUCGAUUUCCCUCCUGCACACAGGCCAGGACGCCAUGGACACCGUGCAAGGCCCGAGGCAGCCCAAGCGCUGGACGGAAGAAGAGGACGCCAUUCUCCACGAGGAAGCCAUCAAGCAAGGCAAGUAUAUCCAUCCCUGGGCCCAAUUAAAGACUGGCAUCGGAUCGCGGCAAAGCUGGCGAACCGCACCAACAAGGACUGCCGCAAGCGCUGGUUCAACAAAGUACGCGGCGGCCUGAGAACUGGACCGUGGAGCGAGGACGAAGAUCAAAAACUUCGGCAGGCUGUGGAGAAGUACGGCCAAAGGUAGGAACCGCCGAGCAAUUUCGAUCAUUCGCAAAUCCACAUAUGGAACCGACGAUGAUUGUUUUGCCAAGAGUACACAAGACUGACACGAUGCAGAUGGACCU